AUUUCGUCCUCCAAUUGGAUGAUGGAGCACACAUUCGGGGAGGAGCAGCGCGAGCAGCCAAAAGGGAGGAAAAAAUGUGAAGGGUAAAAAAUAGUUCCUUGCUGUGUAGACUCGUGCUCCUCCAGCUUCACUUUUAGCCUUCUCAGUUUCCCAAAUGUUCACUGCGGCAGUGUGUGCUCUCUCCGGUUCACCGUGGCGAGCUGUGGCUUGAAAGAGGACGUCCAGACCGUCACGACACAAGAGAGAACUUUAACAGAAUCGGAACACCCGCACGAGCCGUGAGAGUUUCUGGGGGGAAGCAGUUUGGGGAGGUUUUACGCAUUGCGCAGGAUGCAGGCGCGCUACUCCGUCUCCAGCCCCAACUCUUUAGGAGUUGUACCGUACAUCAGCAGCGACCAGAGCUACUACCGGGCCGGUGGGGGCUACACCGGGAUGCCUGCGCCUAUGAGCAUGUACUCCCACGCGGCCCACGACCAGUACCCGGCCAGCAUGGCCCGGGCGUACGGACCGUACACCCCUCAGCACCAGCCGAAGGACAUGGUCAAACCUCCGUACAGCUACAUCGCUCUCAUCACCAUGGCGAUCCAGAAUUCACCAGAGAAGAAGAUCACCCUGAACGGGAUUUAUCAGUUUAUCAUGGAGAGGUUCCCCUUCUACCGGGACAACAAGCAGGGCUGGCAGAACAGCAUACGGCACAAUCUGUCCCUCAACGAGUGCUUUGUCAAAGUGCCCCGGGACGAUAAGAAGCCCGGUAAGGGCAGCUACUGGACCCUGGACCCGGACUCAUACAACAUGUUUGAGAACGGCAGCUUCCUGCGGCGCCGGAGAAGGUUCAAAAAGAAAGACGUGCAGAAGGAAAAGGACGAGCGGGACAGGCAGGGCAAGGACCCUUCCUCCCGAACCCCGGGCCGGGAGCAGGACCCGCCGGUGCAGGGCUCUCAGCCGGUGCGGAUCCAGGAUAUAAAGACUGAGAACGGGACCUCCACGCCGCCGCAGGCCGCGUCCCCGACCCUGAGCGCCGUGCCCAAGAUCGAAAGCCCCGACAGCAGCAGCAGCAUGUCAACAGGCAGUCCGCACAGCGUGCCCUCCACCCGGUCACUCAGCAUGGACGGACCCGAGCACCACCACCACGGCCAGGCCCCGGCGCAGGGCUUCAGCGUGGAUAACAUAAUGACUUCCCUGCGGGGAUCUCCGCAGGCCGAGCUCUCCCCGCCUCUCAUCGCCUCCUCUCGGACAGGUAUCACCCCGUCACUGUCGCUCAACUAUUCCCCCAACCAGACAUCCGCCUACAACUCGACGACCUGCAACCAGAACGUCAUCUCCACAAACUCCAACGCGACCUAUCACUGCAACAUGCAAGCCAUGAGCCUGUACGCAGGGGACAGGUCCUCCGGCGGCCACCUGGCGCCGUCCACCACGGUGGAGGAGGCUCUGCCCGACUAUUGCAUCACCACGACCACCGCGUCCCCGCUCGGGCAUAGCAACCUGAGCCAGGCGGGCCAGGACGGCCACCACUCGCACCAGGGCCGGCUCGCGUCCUGGUACGGGGACCUGAGCCACCUGAGCCCGGGUUACCCGGCGCAGCAGCAGAACUUCCACUCUGUGCGGGAGAUGUUCGAGUCCCAGCGGAUUGGGCUGAACGGCUCCCCGGUCAACGGGAAUAAUAGCUGUCAGAUGGCCUUCCCGUCCGGCCAGUCCAUCUACCGCACCUCAGGAGCUUUUGUUUAUGACUGCAGCAAGUUCUGAAAGCCAACACGUGCCUUUUAAAUUAAUAACUCUAAUAUAUAUUUUCUAUAUUUUUUUGUACCUUUGGUCUUUUAUUCACACUCCGAAUGGACAUGAGAGAUUCAGAGAUUUGUUGUCGAGGCGUGUGUAACACCAAAAACACGUAAGUUUCCUUCCCUCUCACUUUGAGAAUUGUUUAUAUAAAAUACCAGCUUUUAUGACUACAGACUGUAAAUUAUAGCCUAAUAUAGUAAUUUAUUUUUUAGGGAAAGGGAGUGGUUGGAUGUUGAGGACCAAACACUUAAACGUUUUUUCCAGUUUUCUUAUUUGCUGCCUUGAUUUGUCCCAGUUCUUGUAUAGAAAUAGAGGGGAACCUUUUGUAGCCUAUACUGACUUAUUUUAUUCAUUUUGUCUUAUUUGUUCAAAAAACUAUUUUGAAGGCAUUACAUUUUGUUUGUUUAAUAAAGUGCCGUCUAUUUGAUUUUAA